AUGACCGUUGGAAAGGAGAUCCCACGGAAGUCCUACACAAACAGAAAUAAGCAUCUUUCGAAGGACCCGCCAGGUGCCAGAUGCGUCCAGGUCUGGCCCCUCGGGACGGUGCCAGUCCGAGCGCGAGCGCAUGCCGACGCGAGCACCGAGCACGUGGACCGACUCCGACCGACUGAUGACAUCGCCAGGCGGACGUCUCCAGCCUUCAUCGAGUCCCAGAAAGCGACUCGGUUCCAUUCGGAUUCCCCAGCCGUUCGAGACCUCGCGAGAAGCGGGGAUGGAGAUCCCCCGUCCACGUUUAGAACCGCCAUUCCCAGUGUGACCGUCGUGAAGAUUGUGGAUGUUGCAAUCGCGCCCUCCGCGCUCAGGCCUAACCUGGAAGAGUUGAAGGCGCCCUCACCCCUCCUUCACCAUCGGCGAUUAGACGAUGCCGUCUGCUGGUUGAUCCAGGCCAGGGCUGUCAGCAUUCGAAGGGUUCAUUCGAAUAGAGAGGGAUCGUCGUCGACUCGCAGCAGUCACGGAGGCGCAGCUGCCUUCAUUCAGCCGCCUGCCUCCGAGCAGCAGCGGCGCGGCGGCGGCGGCGUUCGGUUGAGUCACGACGGCAGGCGUGCGAUCUCGGACGACAGAGCUGCUGUAGCCGCUGCCGUCACAACUGUGGUGAUGCUGCUGUCGUGUUAAUAUAACAGCAUGGAGGCCUGCAGUAAUCUGCACGAUGGCUAUGCAAUAUCACAACAAGAGUCCAUUGCAAUACGGGAAAUGCUUGAUGGCAUGGAAUUUGAGGACCAAACAUUCUCUGAUUGGGAACCAGAAGUCCAUGAUCUUCAUUCACUUGAUCUUGAACUACAGAAACUGGCUGAUGAUGACAUUGAUCCCUUUCCAACAACUACAUCUUGUGAUACUGACACCUGGGGGAACAGUACAAAAGGACAGAGUGCUUUCCUCGAUGUGGAAAACACGGUGAUGGUUGAUCCUUCCUCUGUGGUCCCUGUGAGUCCUGUGCAAGUGCCUCACCUGUCACCGAAACAGGAACUGCCUGAGAUUAUCACCCCGGGAUACAUUUCAAAAAAAGGCAAUGUCUCACAGGGCACCCAGACUGUAACUCUCUUUGCAACAUCAAAAACGUUGACAUCCUUCAGGGUUAGCACUUCUGGAACAAGGCCCAUCUUGACUUUGCAUGCAACAGCUUCUUUGCAUGGCUCUGGGAGCCUCAAUUCAACAAAAGUGGCAUUGCCUCACAAGCCAGUGCUUUCAUCUCUUCAUGCUUGCAAGAGAGAGCAUAUAGAGUCAGACGAUUUUAAGGUGGAAGUGCAGAACAAACGAGAAUAUUUGAAAGAUAAGCAUGUCCUCUGUGUGUGUGAUGGUUGUGAGGGUGGUACUGAAGGCACCCGGGCCUCCAAUUACCGGGCGAUUGCCCCAGGCAAUUGCACGAAGUCAUUCCAGGGGUCCACUGUGACUUGUGGCAGCCAACAAAAAGUGCGACGAACUGUGUUGCACCGACCGCAACCAACAGUUGUGAACCAAAGUGGGAAAGUGUACAUGAAGCCACCAUAUUCAUAUUCAUGCCUCAUAGCUAUGGCAUUGAAAAAUAGCAAGACUGGGAGUCUUCCAGUAUCAUCCAUUUACUCAUUCAUGAGCCGUGAAUUUCCCUACUUCUUGACGGCUCCCAAUGGUUGGAAGAAUUCAGUCCGACACAACCUGAGCUUGAACAAGUGCUUUGAGAAGGUGACAAAGUCUGACUGCCUUUCAUCCUUCCAGCGCAAGGGAUGCUUAUGGACGUUGAAUCCUGCUAAAAAGACCAAAAUGGAUGAAGAAUUGCUGAAGUGGUCAGAGAAGGACCCUGAGGGCAUUAGACUCUCUAUGGCCAACCCCCAGAAUUUGGAGAGAUUGGAAAAAGGAGAAUUGAAACUGGAUUAUGAACCAGAAGGUGAUGCAGCCAGUUUGAGUGCCUCAUCUGACCUUGACAGCGAAGGGGAGGAUACAGAAGUGCUCUCUUCACAAUCCAGCAGCCAGAGCAGUGUUGAAAGUGAACCAGAAGAAUUUUGUUCUAGCCCUGUCACUGGCUGCUCUUCUUUUGAUCUCCAAGACAAUCACGGUGCUUAUCAUUUGGAAAUCAGUGAGCAUGGAGGUACAAAGCCAUCCAGACAAGGAACUUCAGUUGCUGUAAUGAAGAUCCAGGGUACUGAUGUGAAAGGGCAGUCUGCAUCUCAAGGUUGCUCUGAGCGUAUUUUGCCUGGUGGGACCAAGUAUGAGAGGAGCCCGGCAUUGGGACCCUGCAUCACAUGAGGAUCUCAGCUCCUCCAUUUUAGGGCUGAUUCAUUUCAAUCCCCUUCAAUGAGGCAUAUAUCCUGAGCCACCUCGCGGUCUGGUUUCAUGCUGUUGCUAGUCUCCAGCGAGCAAGUGGUUCAGAAAACAAGUGAUCUGAUAUUUUCUCAGGAUCCUCCGAGCAAGCAUGCAUUCUUUUUUUUUCUGUACAGGGUGGCCAUUGAUUGAUUUGACCCAAAUUGUGGCUGUGAUGUUCAUAAAGUGUCAGUGCUGCAAUGAUACUGUAUUGAUAUAAUAUUGGCCAUUAUUAUCCAGUAUUAAUCUCCUUAAGUAUGCAAUAUAUUUGCCAUUCUGUGACCAUGGGCAUUAUUUGUCACUUCCAUUGGGCAUUACGUGUCUAAACAGAUCCCAAUAAUGAUGGCCUUUGUUUUUUCUUAUUGUGGUAGACAUUAAUAUGGUGUUGAAAGAUAUUGUAAGAAAUGUCUUUAUCAAUUUUUGAUAUUGGAGUUCGGUGUCUCAGUUGUAUUCAGCUGAAUAUUGGCAUUUCAACCAUUGGGGCGAUGAUGGAACCUACAAAUUAUCCUUCAUAACUGGUCUGAAAUGCAUUGUUGAUUGGAGAGGGAAAAUUUGGUAGUCAAGUCAUGGGUCAACUCUGUUCAUGGCCACCCUAUAGUGUCUCUUUGAUCAGUGUAUAAACUGCUUCCCUCUGACUGUGUUCACUGAUGAACUUGAUGUGUUCUUCACAUCAAAAUGAAGUCUGGGAUAUCUGGCUUUGGCAAAAAAGAUGUCAUGAGCUUGAUUCUUCCUGUCAAUGAGUGAGUACUCUGCACUUCUAUAUUUGUCUUUUUAUGAAGAAUUUGUAUAGCC